UCUAUAUUAUUCCAUCGUAUAAGCGGAAUAUAAAAACGCUUUGUGCGGUGAUGAGAGCAAUCAGUAGCCUUCGAGACAUCAAGAUGAGAGUUCUGGUUCUAUCAGCCCUAUUCGCUUGCGCUGCGGCAGCGCCCUCUAUCUUGGCACCAGUGCCAUAUGCGGCAGUGGCGAUACCAACCCUCGCUGUAGCUCCUACUAUACCCCCUGGCGACAUUCAGGCUGCAGCUAUUAAUGCUCAGGUAAAAGCAGUAGACCAGGCCCGUUUCAUCGCCGACGAAGCCCAAGAACAAGCCAUCCAAGCCGUUGAAAACAGAAACGAGGGAGUGAUCGAAGCUAAUGACUUGGUCAAAGAGAAAUCCGAAGAAGCAUUCUGGGCUGCUGAGGAGAAGAAAUGGCAAGCCAUGAACGAAGCCCAAGUCGCUGCAGCUAAGAUCGACGCUGCCAUUGCUAGCAACGCUGACGUCAUUGCUAAGAGCUACGCUCUAACUGGCGUAGUUCCCGUCAUCCCUGGAAUCCCAACCGCCGGAGUGAUAGCUCCAGGUGUCGCUAUCGGUUCCGCUUCCAGCGAUGAUAAAGCUACAGCAGCCAUCAAAAGCGAAGCCACAGCUGAAGUAAAGACUGAAAGUCAGCCAGCCGUAAAAUCAGCUGAGGCUGAGAAGCAAGUUGAAGCUGAGAAACCUAUUGAAGGUGAGAAGAAAGUUGAAGCGGCCGUCGAAGUUAAGUCAGCCGCAUCUGAAGCUCUUAAGGCUGAAAGCGCUGCUUUGGAGCAACUGAAAUCAGUCUUCCCAGUUCCUGUGGCCGUCGCUCCCGGAUUCAACUACCAGCCUUAUGUUGCACCGAUUACCUACCAAUCAGCUUUCAGAGCUUUCCCCGUCCACGCCGCUUACCCCUACUCGGCCCCAUUAUACUCCGUUAAAAGCGUGUGGUAAGUGAUGGGGAAGCUUAAGUCAACUUAAUAAAAUACUUAUAAUAACCA